GCGGAAGUAGUUUGUUUACUUAGCUUAAGUUAGUACAAAAUUCAAGAGGUGUGUGGGUCGUUCCGAAGAAUGGACACUCUGAUUUUGGAGCCGUCUUUGUACACUGUGAAAGCCGUUCUCAUAAUGGACAAUGAUGGAGAGAGGCUAUACGCUAAAUAUUAUGAUGAGACUUACCCAACAGUCAAAGAACAGAAAGCAUUUGAGAAGAAUAUCUUCAAUAAGACACACCGAACAGACAGCGAGAUAGCCCUUCUGGAAGGUCUCACAGUCGUGUACAAGAGCAAUAUAGACCUGUACUUCUAUGUGAUUGGAAGUUCCCAUGAGAAUGAGCUGAUGUUGAUGUCUGUGCUGAACUGCCUGUUUGAUUCUCUCAGUCAAAUGUUGAGGAAGAAUGUGGAGAAAAGGGCAUUACUUGAAAACAUGGAGGCUCUUUUCUUGGCUGUGGAUGAGAUUGUGGACGGAGGCGUGAUCUUGGAAAGUGACCCACAGCAGGUGGUCCAUAGAGUUGCACUUAGGGGAGAUGAUGUGCCCCUGACAGAACAGACGGUUGCACAGGUAAUCCAGUCUGCGAAAGAGCAGAUCAAGUGGUCUCUGCUCCGAUAGGACCACACAGCAAAAUAAAGACAGGAAGAGAAAGUUCAGAUCUAAACACCACUCCCGUAUCAAUGUAAUCCCUGUAUUCUUUUUUUUUGUUGUUUUCUUGCCAUUCUUAUGUCCUCAUGCUACUGAGGACAGUCUCACUGCAAACCCAGAGAGUGACUGUACAUCUAGUCAACUGUCAUUUCUCACAGUCAUUUUACACAGAUGUCAAAGGUUUGUGGAUAGAAACCUCAGAAAAAAAAACGUAGCAAAACUGUAAGACAGUGCUUUUUCAUGUCCCACCUUAAUCAAACGAUCAGUCUGUUUUAUGCUCAAAUAUGAACUACACUCUAGAUUUUGUUGGUGUGAAAGAGGGAGAGAUCAUUCUCACACAUCUCUCGGCUGUGAACAUGGGAAAACUAUUCAUGUACAUUCCAAUGAUUAAUUCUACUGAAAUUUUUUGUUUGUUUGUUUUCAUUUCUUUUUUCCCUCUAGACCAUUGUUUUGAUAUAAAUAAAAUGAA